CCACAGCUCCACCUCCUCGACGUCGUCGUCCCGACAUAUAAACGUGCUCCACUCUUCACCUUACUACCUCCCGAUCAUUUCAUAUCCCGAUCGCUACCACUACGAACAGUGAUCCAUGGCGUCAGCUCGAGUCCACAGUAAUGGCCGCCUCCUUAUGCUUCUCCUUCUGCUCGCCGUCGCAGGCUUCGCCGUGGCGCAGCAGCCGGACAAUCCUCCGCAAGGCUACUACUACUCGACCAACUUCAGCCCGUCCAUGGCCAUCGUUAUUGUUGUCCUCAUCGCCGCCUUUUUUUUUCUUGGCUUCUUCUCCAUCUACGUCCGUCACUGCUACAGCGGCCGCGCCGACUACUCGACCACGCCGCUGCCUCAGACCGGCGCAGGGCGAUCGCGGCGGCAGCGUGGGCUCGACCAGGCCGUGCUCGUGACGUUCCCAACCAUGACGUACGCCGAUGUGAAGGCGCACAAGUCCGUCAAGGGCGCGCUUGAGUGCGCCGUCUGUAUCAGCGAGUUCGACGAUGACGAGACGCUGCGCCUGCUGCCCAAGUGCUCUCACGUCUUCCACCAGGACUGCAUCGACACCUGGCUCGCGUCGCACGUCACCUGCCCGGUCUGCCGCGCCAACCUCGCCCCCAACCACGACGGCUCGUCCGAGCCGGCGAGCGAUGUCCCCGCCGAGAUCCCGACGGAAGGAGUGCCGCCGUCUGCGUCUGCUGUCGACGUAGCGGCGCCAGGGGAGGCGCCGCCGGUGGUGAUCGACGUGGAGGAGACCGAGGAGGAGAGGAUCAUAAGAGAGGAGGCCGCCGAGCUGACGCGCAUCGGCAGCCUGAAGCGCGCCCUGCGUUCGAAGUCAGGGCGCGCGCCAGCCCGUUUCCCGCGUUCGCAUUCGACGGGGCACUCGCUCUCCGCGGCGGCCAGCGCCGGCGCCGGAGCAGGCUCCGAGAGGUUCACGCUGCGGCUGCCCGAGCACGUGCUCCGGGAGGUCAUCGCGGCCGGGCACCUCCAGCGAACGACGAGCCUCGUGGCGUUCCGCGCCGGCCGCCAGGGGAGCACGCGCCGUGGCCUCAGGGCGGGCGGCGAAGGCAGCAACCGCGCCGGGAGGAGCGUCCGGCUAGGCCAGUCCGGACGGUGGCCGUCGUUCCUGGCGCGGACGUUCUCGGCGAGGCUGCCGGCGUGGGGAUCAAGGUCGACGCGGAGGGGCGAGGGGGACGGGUCGAGCAAGGGCGGGAGGACGGCCGGCGCCGGCGGCAGGUCAGUGGCGUGCGACGACCAGGCGUGCGCGCUUGGGCAACGUGUUUGACGUGGCUUCGCUUCAGUACUGAGGUCAAAUCGGAGGCCGCUAGGAAACCGUUGUUGCUUUCGUCGUCGUCGUCGUCGUGCGAUUUUUCUCUUUUUCUUGGUGGAAUUUUGGAGGGAACGAUGGUUCUUCGUUUUUUCCUGGAUGAUUGUUCAUUCAAAUUUCUUUUCUUCAAUCUGUACAGAUAUACUGUAUAAUGGUUGCUCUUAGGGGAAUUUACGACCAAAUUAUACCUCCUUGUUUAAUUAGCCAUGAUGAAACAUUUUUUUUUUGGCCGCAAAAUAAUGUGUGUGCGCACAUUCCU